AUUGGAUGGAACGCUGAGGGGGCGCGCGCAGUUUGCGGCCGGCGGGGGGUCGUUGAGGGAGGCGAAGAUAAGAUGGCGGCGGAAACUGUAGAGCUGCAUAAGUUGAAGCUUGCUGAGCUGAAGCAAGAAUGUUUAGCUCGAGGCCUGGAGGCAAAGGGGAACAAACAGGAUCUCAUCAACAGACUCCAGACCUAUCUUGAGCAGCAUGCUGAGGAGGAGGCAAAUGAAGAGGAUGUCUUGGGAGAAGAAACAGAGGAAGAAGAACAGAAGCCUAUAGACACGCCCAUCAAAGAGGAAAUAGCUACUGAGAAAUCAGCUGAAGUAAGUGCAGAAAAGAAAGUGGUGAAAAUUACAUCAGAAAUUCCACAAAUGGAGAGAAUGCAGAAACGGGCAGAGAGAUUCAAUGUUCCUGUGAGUUUGGAGAGUAAGAAGGCUGCACGAGCAGCUCGGUUUGGUAUGCCUGCAGCUUCCACUAAAGGUCUGGUUGCAGAAAGUAAGACUACAGUAAAUAUAGACAAAUUAAAGGAAAGGGCACAGAGAUUUGGCUUGAAUGUCUCCACAGUCUCCAAAAAGACUGAAGAUGAUGAGAAGCUCAAAAAGAGAAAGGAGAGGUUUGGUAUUGUAACAAGUUCUGCUGGGGCAGGAACCACAGAAGACACAGAGGCAAAGAAGAGAAAAAGAGCAGAGCGUUUUGGCAUCGUCUGAUGAUCUUCCUCUUAGUGUUUACCUGCUUGGGGUGUAUCUUUUACACUUUCUUGUUCUUCAUCCCUAAUGAGAAAUAUAGUUUUCACCCUCAUACAAAUAUUGGCUGUGCAUUUUAAAGCUAGCUAUUCAGUUUUGCUUCCCCACCCCAUCCCAAAUUUGGAAUUGUAAAAGAAAUAGAUUUCAAAGCAUAGAAUAAAAGUGUUCUGUUUGUGUGUGUAAACAAUUUGAAUUAUCUGACAAAUUCUCUUAUUAGCCGUUUGUAUCUAAGUUAUACCUCCAGCAUACUUCUCUGUACACAUGAAAACAGCUGCACAAAAAUAAAAAUACUCCCUAAGUAGGAGGAAUAUGAAUAUUAUUUGUAGGAGGAAUAUUAUUUUGUCAUAUCAUUCAGCGCCAGUUGAAGUUAGUCAUUAAUACCUUGCUGCCUGAAGCUUCCUUGCAUUUUUAAUUAGGCAUUUAUUGCCUCAGUUUUUCAAUUUCAUAUUGACCAUGGCUAAGAAUUGGGCUUCUUCUGUUACCAUCUUUGAGCAAAAUAACUCAUAAAGUUCAUCUGUCUCAGCUCGCUGCUCCCAAUCUGAUAUAUAUAUUCUCAUAGCUGAAGCCCUUCUCCCCUUGAGUUCUGCUACGUUGACUAACACUGGGUCUUAUAGAGUCAUGAGCUAUUAGAUCUACCAUAUACCUAGCCAGCAUGGGUUAUGUAUAGUCAUCAGUCAAAAUAUAUGUACAUAAUUUUUAUACCUUGUAUGACUAUUGGCCCACAGAAUAGAAUUAAUUGCAUCGGAUUGUGAUUGUCUCCACAGUUUAGAGCAUUACAAAAUGAAGAAAGUGAAAUAGUCAUGGAUUUAACAACCAGUGCUCUUGGUGAUGCUCUGUUGGUAAUGAUAUUUUAGAACCUUGCCCUGAGGUUUUAAGAUUUUACUUGUCACAAAUGCAAAUAAUUUCCUCCUUUGGGAGUAGUAUCAAAAAGUUCUAAAAAUGAAAGCUGUGCAAUGUAUUAUUGUAAAAUAUAAUAUUUACGUUAUCCUUUUAACACAGGUUUCAAAUUAUAACGUUAUGCUUCUCUCUGAAUUCCGUGCAUUUUAGAAUGAGAUUAUCAUUCUGUUUGUAAUGUUGCAAUUUAUUAAAAGUAAUGAGUUGGAUAAAAGCUCUCCUACAAUCUCCUAUGCAUCUCAUUUUCUUGCAAAUGAAAGGAAAUUGUACUUGCUCAUACUUGCUUCAGAAAUGAAAUGCACUGGUAGCUUUGUCCAGGUGGUUCCAAAUUUAUUUAAAGCUGCACCAAGCUAUUUUAGUUCAUAUAGCCCAAAGAAAUUUUAGCUAAUACUUCAGUUCUGUUUCAUCCUUUGUGCAGGGAAGAAUGACACUAUUUUCUGUAUUCCAAAGUUAUCAUUUCUUGCUGAUCACAAGUUUUAUAUACUGUUGUUGAUUGGCUUUUGGUUUCAGUGAUAGUCCAACUGGGCUCCUUUGGAUUUUUUUAACCCUAAUAUUUCAUUGAAAGAUUGAUGACUUUUCUUUUUGUGUCCAUCACACAGCUCCUUCCUUUUAUGUGUAGUUCAAAAUUAAACAAUGCUUAGAAAAAUCAUUAGCUGAAUCUUCUUGAUUUUAUACUUUAUUCAUUAAAAAUGAUUACUCAUGCUCUUCUAAUUUGCUUAUGCACUUCAUUAUUUAUGCCACUUCUGAGCAAUAUUCUAAGGAUUUGUUUGCUAUUAGGUCCUGAGGUGACCUGGCAUUAGUUAUCAGUUCAAUACAACAUCUCAAAAUGUAUAUUCAACUUUUUUCUGAUCUUAUUUUAUAGGAUAAAUUUUAUAAUAUGUGUUUUCUACUCAUCAACUAUUGGCAGUAUGGUUACUUGCUUGAAAUGUUUUAUACGUUGUAUUGAAACCAGACCUGCAUUUCAUUCUUGGUUUCAUAAUAAAACUGCUUCUUCAAGGCAA